UUGGUCGUUGGACAGCCUUAACACCGGUUCGCUUGUUGCUGUCGGUGUUGUUGUUGUGGUUGUUGUGCCGCUUAUUACCUUUUCCAAGCGUUCCAGCGUUCCUCGGCGCCUCGGGGGUUUAUGUUUGUUUUUCGAAUCCACAUCGCACCGGAUCGUACCGUUCGAUAGCCGCGUGUUGCCUUGACUUGCCGGGUAUUCCCUGUGCUUCUAGGGUCGUGUUGUUGCUGUUGCGAGCGUCCAAGACCCUCUCCAGUGCCUCCAGAUUCAACCGUUAAGACUUUGAUCGCCAAUUUCGUGUUCGGCUUCGUGGUUUGUUGUGUGAGUUCUGUUAGAAAGUUUAGCCAACACGUGAAGAUCAAGAUGAACUCCAAUGGCAUUGCUCUGUUGCUGUUGGUGGCGCUUGCCAUUUGCAUCGGUGACAGUGCGGAGAUACCGCCGUUACCGGUGCAGGACACGGACCAGGCAAAGAGUGCAGCUACGGAGGAGCCAAUCGAGGACUCGUAUCUCGGUGUGAAGCUGUACAAGAUGGAGCGACCGUGCGCGAUGCUCGGUGGGAUGUGCGUGCAGACAAGCGAAUGCAACCACCGUCCGGCGAACAGUGGCCUCUGUCCGGAGAAUGCACAUCUCGGUGUUGACUGCUGCUACGAGGUUAAACCGGCCAGCAAUCUAACGUGCCACCAGUACCUUGGAGCCUGCAUGGAUCGGUGCGCCGAAGGGUUGCAACGUCCGGCCACGGACUGUACCGAUGGGCAGCAGUGCUGCGUGUUAGUUGGUUAGACACCACGCCGUGACGUUUAGAUCAGCUUAACGUUCCGUUUUGGAGCAGGGCAGAUAGAGAUAGUGGAACCGCUAGGAACUAGACUACUGCUGACGCCAAAGCAAACCAAACAAACAAACGAUUCUGUUCAAUAAAAGUGUGUCUGAGUGCGUGCGAGAGAGAGAG